AUGGCGAAACAGCAUAAUAGUGCAUCCUGUGCAAAGGCCACAGUUUCGUUCACGAAUCCAUGUUCAGUGCUAUUUGUGGUGAUCGUUAGUUUCAAUUGCUGUCUGCUGGUGCCGACUGGUGGUCUGGCGCAUCCACAGCAAGAGUUCUGCACCGAACCUACCCGGCCCCAUCCGGUGCGCUGCGAAUGGUUCUAUCGCUGUGCUUUGUUGCCGUCGCGUACGCUCGUCUGGAUAAUCGACCAGUGCCGGGAUGGGCAGGUGUAUCGGUACGGAUCAUCGGUUCCUUGUGUAACUCCCGAUAACGAUGGUGCAAAGUGCAAGAUUUCACUGGGAAACGGGGCAAGCAGUAGCAACGAAAACGUAGUGGAAACUCUUCAGUACGGAGGAGGAUCUUCAGUACCUCUGACAACAGCCGUACCGAAAACGACCAAGCAGACAGAGGCAACCGAUCGGCUUCACGGUUUCCUUCUUCCCAAAUUCGAAUCCAGCGGUGAUAAUGAGCUUGAAAACGAGUUAGACAGUCAGUUCGCAGAAGUCAGUGACUCCGCAUACGAUAAGCUCAAAUCAGUAGCCGAUAAAAGCAAUCUCGUUGAACAACAGCAACAAUCUCUCGAAGGCAUAAUGAACGAUGAAUGGUCCGUACUGAAUGAUAUGAAUACAAGGCUUCCUUUACCACCGGAUGGAAAAAUCCUUCCAGAACAUCUUUCCCAGAUUAUUGAACAGCAGAAUCAGUUAAAUCGAAUCGCUGCCCAAGUCACCCCCAGCAAAGAGGGUUCAAAUCGUAGACCGACCGGCAAUACGUAUCCUCUCAUAUCCACCGCAAUAUUGUCACGCACGCCUACUGCGGCCCACUACAACACGUUCGAUCAGUACAAGCAUGCAAACGGGCAGCCCAAGACUCCGUUUAUGCCGGAUCAAAUCAUUAACAGCAUCUUUCAGAUAUCGCAACAAAUGAUUGCCCAAAAGCCACCGACAACGAGCGUUAAACAGAACGAGGAACCCGCUAAAAAGCGCCCGGUAUUUAUACCAAUAUCAUCGUCGAGUGGUAUCGAUGCGACAAACAAACAUAAAGAAUCGAAGCAAUCUUCGACGCUGGUCGCUGCGAAACCGAUCGGCAUUAGUUUCAUUAAUCCAACGAGUCUCCAAACGACAAUGGUGGCCCAUAACUUGCAAAACCAGUCUCUCAAUGGGGUGGAGCCAAAUGAGCAUCAUACCAUACUUUAUGAUGAGUAUGGGAACAAGUUUUUGGCAAAAGGUGCUCUCAAGCUAGAGUCCGCUGCUCCCGUCCCACCGACACAUAGCGAACAGCCUGGACCCACGUUGAACGCACCACCGAAUGUCUCGUUGCACCCUAGCAUUCUAUCCUCAAUCAGCCCCAUUCUGCAGGAUUUUACCGCUACACCGAGCUACAGCUUUCCACCGCUUUCAUAUAAUCCCUCACCUCAGAUUCAUGCCACUGUGGACAACUACAGCACAUUCGGUAGUACGAUCAUCGUGCCUCAAGAUGAUUCUAAAGAGCCUCUAGAAAGCGAUGGUGAUCUAGAAGACGAUUCCGCUAGUGCUGAUGUGCCACAGAGUGACGAAGAGUUCACCUCACCCGGGAAUUCGAACGAAUCUGCGCAAAGUGGAGCGGAAAGUGAGGAGAAUGUAUCGUUUAAUCAGAGUCCCUUUGGCGAUACAAAAGGGCCAAUCCAACAGGACUAUGAUCAGUAUAAGGCCAGCAUAAUGCCACUGCUAAAUGUGAACCCCAACGAUGUGCGCAUAUCGGCAGUAACGUGCACUGGAGGUAGUCGACAGCCGAACACAACGGAUUGCUUCAAGUACUUCGUGUGCAGUCCUCAUUCGGGAGCCAUUCAUGCCUUUACGUGUCCUUCCUUUACGGCUUUUAACAAAAACACCCGACUGUGUGACAUUGCGUCGUACAAAGAAUGUAAGGCAUCCCAAAUCCCGGACAUUCAUACAACACAAUCGCCUGCGAAGCAAAAGAGGACCAAGCCCUCAACCAACAAGAACAAUCGCGUAAAGCCUAGCGAAUUAAUAACGGCACAAAAAUACAUCGAACUGAUGCGCCAGCAAUCGAACAAGGUGCAGACUCGCAAUAAACUCCCGCAGCAGCAGCAAACCCUUGCUUUAUCGGACGGAGUGGUGGUUAAAACUAUCUCGAACACGGUAGACCGUAACGUCACUCGCAGUGCGUCUACGAAAGUACGAAGAAAACCUACCCCCGCCAGAAGGAAAAAUGGCAAUAGAACUAGACCUACAGCAACCAGCACAACGACGACGACGACGACUACUACUACUCCCGCGACUCCGAAAACGACACGGCGUCGCAAGGUGAUACGGAAGUUGCCCCGCUGCCGCUUUGAAGGACGAAUACCAGAUCCUAAAAGCAGGAGCAAUUACUUCCUUUGCCAUCGAAAAAGUGAGAACAAGUUCAUCAAAAUAAAGGUGUCCUGUCCCGGGGGGCUAGUAUACUGCGCUGCGCUACAGUACUGCACGGUUUCUUCGAACUGUUGAUCCAACAUUUUCUAAACUAAGACAUUUC